GAAAAUACACGAGUGCACCCGAAAACCGAAAACAACGUGCUCCCGAGGCGUCCAUCCAUGCGGCUGAGGCUUUUAAACUAAUUUUUUCUUGCCGAUCAACUCAAAUUACUCACAUUUACGAUGGUAAAUUGCAAGGAGAAAAAGAAAACGAAGAGCAAGAAUGGCAAAAAGCAGAUUCUCACCAUCUCCCAAGAAGUGGAGUUCGUCCAAAAGCUGGCUGACAACGAUGUCCGCAUGCGGGACCGUGCCUUGAAAAAGUUGAAACGCUGGUUGCAGGACAAGACAAAGUCUGAUGGCACUUUUUCCAAGGAGGACAUGAUGAUUCUUUGGAGAGGACUGUUCUAUUGCAUGUGGAACUCAGACAAACCUAUCAUUCAGGAAGAGCUCUGUGAUAACAUGGCCUCUCUGAUUAACAGCAUUCAGAAUGACAGGGACGUCAUUCUGUUCAUUGAAGGAUUUUUGCUGACCGUGCGUUACGAGUGGAUGAAUAUUGACAGUUUCCGUCUUGAUAAGUACAAAAUGCUCGUUAGGAGAGUGCUGCGUCUAAUGCUGUCCAGGAUUUCACUGGAUGACUGGAAACUAGUCAGCAUCUUUGGAGACUUGAUUUGGGACAAGAUUCUCAAUCCAGACAAAACUCCUCCACCACCAAUUGGACUUUCUUUGCAUAUUUGCGAAAUUUUCUUCCAAGAAGUGGCUAAGAAUUCCAAAACCAAUGAUGUAACUCAGAUGGCUGUGGAAGCGCUUCUCAAGCCCUUCAUUAUAUGUUUGGCUACUAACUCGACUGAUUCUCGGUUGCGUGAUGCAAUUGACGAGUCCGUUCUUGGCUAUUUGAUUGACCAGUCUGAUGUUGGCAUUGAGCAGAGUGAAAAAAUCAAUGCUUGGAAACUUAUGGGCUGCCCUGCUAUAACUUUGGACCAAAUUGAGAGAGAUGAGGCCGAAGCUGAGGAUGAAGAAAAUGGAAGUGAUAGUGAUGAGGAUGUUGAUGCUGAAAAUCUAUUGGAUCCGAGAGCUGGUCAGAUGGAUGUAGAACUGCCUCAGCUUGAUUUUGACUAUGCUAAGAUGGCCAGCAUGAUUGAGAAGUUCUCUCAAGUAAAGAACUUAAAUUCAAAAGCAAAGAAAGCCGUGAAAGCUGCAGCUAAAAAAUUCUGGGAUUUGGCCAAAGAUGUCCACCCCGUUCCAUUUGAAGUUCCUGUGAAAGAGGAGGAUGUGAAAAUUCUCAGUAGGAAGCCUAGAAAUUCCACUAAAAGGGCUGCCGAGUCCUUGAUGAAGUUUGAGGAAGACCUGUUCAAAGACACUGGUAAAAUGCAUAAGAUGAACAGAAAUAAAUCCAAUGUGUGUGAUGAGAGCAAAGAAUCACCCCCACAAGUUGAGCUUGUGAAACAGAAGAAGACUCCUAAAAUACUCAGCCCUAAGGCUGAAGAGCCUCCUGUGAAAAGGCGCAGGAAGCGGUCUUCGUUGGGGCCAAUUGGCAACUGGGAAGUCACAGAGGUUGGCAACUGGACAGUUACAGAGGUGGGCAGCAUGUUGGUCACAUCCCCUGGCAAUGUGGGCCAUUGGAAUGUGAGUGUUGUCAAUGAGAAGGUACCUGAGGAGCAGUCUACGCCCUCUUCGGGUGACAAUGAUUGGAGCAAACCUUUGAAAGAUGGCGAGUACGAGUUCUUCGUAGCUCCGAAAAAAUCUCCUAAGAGACGAAGCCUUUACAAAGCACCCCCAGAUGAAGAAAUACUGGCUGAAAAGCACUCGCCAACAGAUAUAGGUAAAGAAAAUUUUCAACGCUCACCAAUGAUGUUUGUAUUCAAUGCAAAAGGUCCAAUCAUAGACGAAAGCCCCAAGUCGAGGAGGAUGGAGACCAAAGAAGCUGUUGAUGAAUCAAACUCUCCUUCAACUCCCAUCAGGAAGGCCAGGGUGUCUUUACCUGCUAACACAAGGGCUUCAGAACUCAUCAAAUGUGCAAAAACUUCUAGACCUAGAAAUAGCUUGCUUUUACCAGCCCUGACCAACAGUGCUCAAAGGAAGAGAGUCAGUAUCUGCCUUGAUCGCAACAAAGCCCAGGAGGUUCAUGAGUAUGUUCAGCAACUGCGAAGCAGCCCCAACAAUCCCCAUGACAGUGAGAAGAAACCUGUGCAGGGCUUACUGAAGGGAUCGCCCGUACCGUUCAAGAGAAUGAUGGAAAAAUUCAAAAAUAAUAUUUAAUUUUCAGCAUUGUUUCCAACUUUUUACCAAUGCUUAGUGGAGAAUUCAAGCAUAUGUGUAGAGAAUUUGCUGAUUAAACAAGAUAUUUUUAUUUUAAAUUAAA